GUGAGUUCCUAUCAUCUUUGCUUCGUUUAGUGGAAACUCUAAAACUUUAGAAUAGUUUUAGUUAGUCUUUAGCAUUUGGCUUGUUCUAAUUAUCAGAUCUUCUUGUUCUGAGAUUUUUCUUUCCUGUGCAUUUCGGAGCAGAAUAUGAAUUCAUAUGGCAACCUUUUUAUUAGCGUCUGUGAUAUAUGUCGGGUUUUUCUGAAGGAUUUGGGGACAAUUUGUUUUUUCACCAGCUGCAUUUGUGAUUACCUUGAUCGAUUUUUGGCUGACAAGGUGUUUGUUGAAAAGCUUCAAAGGGUAAUAAUAGUCUUUAGUCACUAGCGUAUGGUUUCUGUUUAGGAUGCGUCAACUUCUGAUAUAGCUAACCUUGCAAAGACAUUACUUUUUAUACGUUUUCUGGAGUCUGGUUCUGAUCAUUGAGGUUUUGUGUGUGUGUCAUUUAGUGUUUACCAUUGAAAAAUUGGAGCUUUAAUUCCUAACAGUCAUUUUUAUAUAUCUUAGACAAGCUUUCUUUGUUUUCAUCUGGGAAAGCAGCUACAGAGACAUGUCAAGGUUUCGAUCGUUGUUGCAAGCCUCAGUAAAUGCGACAAAGAAGGCUCUUACAUGGAACGUUGAAGAAUGGGUGCCACCUGCAGAGAAGCAUAUAUUUAAGUUCCACUCUAAAGAAGACUUAAAGAAAUGGCAUCUCUAUUCCGACUCUGAAUAUGGAGGAUUAUCUUCGGCUUCCUUGGAGAUCCCAGAUAAAGGAGAUGGAUCAGAUUGCACUGGAGUUUUUUCGGGGAACCUAUCUGUAGACCUUAGCGAAGGAUCAAAAUGGAACAUCAGUCGAAGUGGUUUCUGUGGAAUGCGCUCAAAAAAGUUUGAUGGCUUCAUUGAUCUCGAUGGGUAUGAUGCAAUAGCCCUGAGGAUCAGAGGAGAUGGAAGAUGUUAUAUCUCUACUAUCUACACCGAAAACUGGGUGAACUCACCGGGACAGUCAGAAGAUAACUCGUGGCAAGCUUUUGUUUUUGCUCCAAAGGACAGUUGGUAUACUGCUAAGAUUCCUCUAGCUCGAUACUUGCCAACAUGGAGAGGAAAUGUUAUAGAUGUGGAAAUGGAGAUGAAUCCAGGUCGUGUUCUAGGUAUGUCACUGUCCGUAAACGCAGAAGGUGGUGCAGUUGGAGCUAAAUCAGGAGCAGGUGAUUUCCGAGUAGAAAUUGACUGGAUCAAAGCCUUGAGAUUGCCGUAAAUGUUGAACAAUAUAGCAAUGUAUGAUUGUUUUUGUUGUUCUUGGUUUUAGCUUGUAAAAAACAAGGCCUGAGGAGUUGAUGAUACUUGAUGGCUAAAAAAUCGUUGCAUUGUCUUUUCACUUUGAGGCACGUUUUUACCAUGUCAUAAAAUAAAAAAUCAAAAGGUAUUAUUAAUCUUUUGUUUUUAGCC